UAAUGAAAGCACCACACCCAUCCAUUAAUUUAACGUCGCGUUAUCAAGCUGGCAUAUUACCCAUGAAUUCUUCAUCUUCUUAGCCAGGAACCUUCUUGUCUCGUUCUCACUCGGCCAAGUAUAAAAAGACAUUCCCAAUGCUGAUGUCCUCGCUCAAAUCCAAAGCUAUCUGAUCAUAUACUAACAUAUAAAUUAACCUCCGCUUCAAUUCUUCUCUAGAAUUUCACCUUACGAUUUUCAUACUAGGGAUUUCUUCCAGUUAGUAUUAUUACCAAAAUCUAAACCAAUGGCCUAUACAGGGUAUGCUACCCCAAUCAAGAUCUCCAUCUGUAUCUUACUUCUUUCAUUAUUGCUCAAUUUUGCUUCUGCGGGGAGGGUGCUUAGUAAGACAGGCCAAGGCCAAGAACAAGAUCCUAUGGUCUUCAAAUACCACAAUGGCCCUCUUCUCACAGGAAAGAUCUCAAUCAACCUUAUUUGGUAUGGAAGAUUCAAUCCCUCCCAAAAGGCCAUCGUAACUGAUUUCAUCACCUCACUGUCCUCCCCUUCCCUGUCCUCCCAAGUCCAACCAUCAGUUGCCACGUGGUGGAAAAACAUCGAGAAGUAUUACACCAAAAUCAAAUCCAAGAAAUCCUCCUCACUCCAUCUCUUUCUGGGCAACCAAAAUUUGGAUGAAAAUUACUCUCUGGGCAAAUCCCUGAAGAUGCAACAGAUUGAACAAUUGGCAGCAAAGGGCGAUCAAAUGAAUGCCAUCAACGUAGUCUUGACUUCAUCCGAUGUCGUGGUCGAUGGGUUUUGCUCUAGCAAAUGUGGCACCCAUAGCUCUCUCCGUUCGAGGGCCGCAAUCAAGGGCAAGUACCCAAGAUUUGCUUACAUUUGGGUUGGAAAUUCUGAGACUCAGUGCCCAGGUCAAUGUGCCUGGCCAUUCCACCAGCCUGUUUAUGGACCACAGAGCCCACCAUUGAUUGCACCAAACAAUGACGUGGGUGUUGAUGGGAUGAUUAUCAAUUUGGCUAGUCUCUUGGCUGGGGCAGUUACCAAUCCUUUUGGAAAUGGGUAUUUUCAGGGACCAGCUGUUGCACCGCUCGAGGCUGCUGCUGCUUGUCCUGGAAUAUAUGGCAAAGGAGCUUACCCGGGCUAUGCAGGAGAUUUGCUGGUUGAUGCUACAACUGGUGCUAGCUAUAAUGCACAUGGCAGCAAUGGGAGAAAGUAUUUGCUUCCUGCGCUAUAUGAUCCUUCAACUUCUACUUGUUCCACUUUGGUGUGAGGGAAAAAAAAACAAAAAAAACAAAGUUAUUGUACUGAACUAUAGAGACAUUGAUAUAUAGGUGCUGUAGAAUUGAUUCAUUCAUUCUUUAAUAUCAAAAUAUUACAAGCGAAA